UAGUCUCUAGAAAUGAAAAUCGGUAGGAUGGAUCGAAUUAAAUAUUGAAUCCGCAAUUGAUAUCAAAAUCUGUGCUAAUAGAAUGUAUAUUUUGUCUUCUCUCUCUUUCCCUUCCUUUUUUUCUGAUUUGUUUAGUCUUCGACAAAUAUAUUUUAAAUGAAAUUAGUGGGGUCACGCUUCUUUACUCACCACCACCCGAACCAGCAGCCCAGCCUCUUCUCUUUCUUGCUCUAUGGGCCUUCUCCCUUUCAUAUUAUUUGUUCCCCCUGGAUUCAUACUGGUAAAUCUUUCUUCUCGCUCUCGUAAUUUUUUUCUUUUGUUCUUCUGCCCCUUUUCUCAUGCAUAGUGGCCUCUGACACAUUCCUCGGCUGCCUAUCAAUCACGCAUUCUAUCUCUAUCUACCUGUCCAACCGCCCGGUCAACCCCCGUUAUCGCCGCCCACAGCUGAUCUCAUGGAGUAGCGCUUAUUCUAUUCUUACCUGUUUUUCAUUGUCUCUUUUCGCGCGCACACUCCCUCAACAUAGAAAACAGAUACACUGCUGGCAGCGUUCAUGAUCUCUCGCUGCAUAUGGAUCUCUCAACUCUCCAGGCUCGCUCCGACUCGGGCAGCGGCCGACCAGCUUCCUAUAAAGCCAUUGGCGUUUCUUUAGCCGUCGCAUCGGGCCUAUUCAUCGGCGUUUCCUUCGUUCUUAAAAAGACGGGUCUGCUGAGGGCCAAUGUCAAAUACAAUGAGGAAGCGGGCGAAGGGUACGGAUAUUUGAAGAACUUCUACUGGUGGGCGGGUAUGACGCUGAUGAUAAUCGGGGAAAUCUGCAACUUCGUCGCCUAUGCCUUCGUUGAUGCUAUUCUAGUAACCCCGAUGGGUGCGCUGUCGGUCGUGGUGACGACCAUCCUAUCCGCGAUUUUCCUCAAGGAACGGCUGAGCUUCGUCGGCAAGGUUGGCUGUUUCAACUGUAUCCUCGGGUCUGUUAUUAUUGCAAUGAAUGCGCCUGAGCAGUCAUCUGUAAGCAAUAUCCAGGAAAUGCAGAAGUAUGUUAUCGCACCGGGGUUUUUGUCGUACACUGGCGUCAUCAUUGUGGGCAGCAUUAUCACGGCUGUGUGGGCUGGGCCUCGAUACGGAAAGAAGAGCAUGUUUGUCUACAUUAGUAUCUGCAGUUCUAUCGGUGGCUUAAGCGUUGUCGCUACACAGGGUCUUGGGGCGGCCAUUUUGGCGCAGAUUAAUGGAGAGUCACAGUUCAAACAAUGGUUCCUCUACGUUUUGUUUGUGUUCGUCGUGGCGACUUUACUGACGGAAAUUAUUUAUCUCAACAAAGCGUUGAAUGUCUUCAAUGCUGCCCUGGUUACACCCACCUAUUAUGUCUUUUUCACCAGCGCCACGAUUAUCACCUCUGCGAUCCUCUUUAGAGGCUUUAAAGGGACUGGAAUGCAGAUAGCUACAGUCAUCAUGGGAUUUUUGCAAAUCUGUGCCGGCGUUGUCCUUCUGCAGCUCUCCAAGUCCGCCAAAGACGUGCCCGACUCUGCUGUCUUCAAAGGCGAUCUCGACCAGAUUCGUGAGGUGGUUACACAGGAAGAGCCAGAGACUGAACCAAAGGCCGAUUCCAUCCGUGGCACAGCCGCUAUCAUCCGUAGGAUUUCGACACCUCGCCGCACAAUGGAGGCAGAGGAGGCGCGACGCUACUUCCGGGAACGACAGGAGGAUAAGCUACACCCGCCUGCAGAGAAUGAGAUUAUCGAGUGGGAUGGUUUGCGCCGGCGCAAGACUGUCCUCGGUGAAGGACCAACGAUGACCCAGCAUGGUGCUCGGACGCCAUCAGUCAAGACGCCACUUCCUCCCUUGGGAAUGUCCCGGUUUCCAGAUGAAUCAGAGCGCCCCAGUACCAGGCAAAGCAGCCGUUCUUUCUUAGAUGAGAUUCGAAUGCGCUCGCCUAGCCAUUCGUGGCAGCCAAUCCAAGACCAGGAGCCCAGCCAGCCGGUGACUUUAGCGCCCAUGUCAUCGGUCCAUAGUAGAAAAGUCGACACAGGCUAUCCAGGACCGUCUCGCAGCGACACGCCACAUUCUAUAACAUGGGCAGAUGAAGCUCCCGAGCCCCCAGUACAUGGAGCAAAACGCCAGUUCUCAUUCCACGCGUUUCACCGGCUUAAGUCUGACCCAUCUAAACCGCCUCGGGGCAUCCUGCGGAAGGGUCAUGAGCGUAAACCUACAGAGGAGGAGCGCCUGGGGUUGGUCCGAGGGGACGGUGCGGAAGAUAUGAGCGAGAAACUGGAUCACACGUAUUCAAGUGAUAGCAUGGAGAAUGAGUUGCCGUCAGGCGCACGUACGUCCGCCGCGGCACCGCCAUACGAAGAACACUAUUACCAUCCACUCGAAGCCAGUCCACAGCGACCGUCACGGCUCGUACGGAACCCACUUCCGCCAUUGCCAGACGAGGCCCCUCUAGAACCCUACACUCAGGUCGAGCUUGACUCGCCUAGCUAUCGCCGCAUGUCUGAUGCAAGCGCGGGGUCCCUUUCGUCGGGUCCAAGUAGAGGCUGGGAAGAAGGAGGCUGGCGACGGCCUUCAGGCGAUGGAAAGACGACUAAACCGAGGAGCUCUUUUAUAUAGAUAUGUUGUAUGCGAUUGAUGCUGUAUGAUAA